ACAGGCCCCAUCCCACUCCGCUUUCAUCGUACAACUUAUGUGCAUCAGCCUCAGCUCGUGUUUAUUACACUGCGUGGCAGCCGCAGCUAGCACCAGGAGCCCCUUUGCAUACAAUAACAGAGCGGUCACAUGAUCUGACCACGUGAUCGGGCGACUCCUGAUGAUGUCAGGGAGUGCGUUGUAGGUGUUUUGACGCUGUGUGCUAGAGGAGUACCUGUACAGCAGCGAUGUCCGCGGCAUAUAGAGGCCAGAUCAGCAAAAGCAAAGACCCCUCAGGCUUGCUGAUCUCUGUCAUCAGAACCCUUUCGACUAGUGAUGAUGUGGAGGACAGAGAGACUGAGCGAGGCCGACUGGAGGAGGCUUAUGAGAAAUGUGACCGAGAUCUGGACGAAAAAAUUGAGCAGCACUUUACAGAGCUUACCACUGCUAUCCGCACGUAUCAGAGCAUAACUGAGCGUAUCACUAACUCCCGAAAUAAGAUCAAGCAGGUGAAAGAGAACCUUCUGUCCUGUAAGAUGCUUCUUCACUGCAAGCGUGAUGAACUGAGGAAGCUGUGGAUUGAGGGGAUUGAGCACAAGCACGUCUUAAACCUUUUGGAUGAAAUUGAGAACAUCAAGCAAGUGCCCCAGAAACUAGAGCAAUGCAUGGCCAGCAAGCACUAUCUAAAUGCCACAGACAUGCUGGUGUCUGCAGUGGACUCAUUACAAGGGCCUCUACUCCAGGUUGAGGGGCUCAGUGACCUGCGCCUGGAGCUUCACAGUAAGAAGAUGAACAUGCACCUAGUUCUUAUUGAUGAGCUACACCGUCAUCUUUACAUUAAAUCCACCAGUCGCAUGGGGCAGUGGAACAAGGACAAGAUCAGGACUAGCCCACUUUCGAAGGAGUCCCCGCUACCUCUUCUUGAUGUUACAAAUUUAUCAACCCCACGCAAGUUCUUGGAUAACUCCCAGUUCAGUAGUCCUGGCUCUUCCAGUGUGAAGGAGUUGAACCUUCAGGAGAUAAAAGAAGACCCUGAUUCUGACCCUGAGGAAAACAGCGUUAUAUUUAUGGGAAUUCUCAUUAAAGGUCUGGCAAAGCUGAAAAAGAUCCCAGAGACUGUGAAAGCCAUAAAGGAGCGCCUAGAGCAUGAGCUUAAACAGAUUGUAAAGCGCUCCACCACUCAGGUGGCUGACAGUGGUUACCAGCGAGGGGAUAACGUGACCCAGGAAAAUCAGCCACGGCUUCUUCUGGAACUUCUAGAGCUACUGUUUGAUAAGUUUAAGGCCGUGGCAUCUGCCAAUUCAGUGGUUUUGGGAUAUCUGCAGCAGAGCGUGACUUCCCCGACAAGUCAACAAGAUGGAGAUACUAAGCUGUAUGACAUGGCCGAGGUGUGGGUGAAGAUUCAGAGAGUAAUCGAGAUGCUGCUGACUGAGUACCUGGACAUGCAGAACACCAAGACCUCUUCAGAGCCAUCAGCCCAGCUCAGCUAUGCUAGCACAGGGCGAGAAUUUGCAGCUUUUUUUGCAAAGAAGAAACCCCAGAGACCUAAAAAUUCUCUAUUCAAGUUUGAGUCCUCUUCUCAUGCAAUUAGUAUGAGUGCCUACUUGAGGGAACAGAGACGAGAGUUGUACAGCAAAAGUGGAGAACUACUAGGUGGUCAUGAUGAAAAUUUAAUCGGAGGAGGAGCAAGGUUUGUCUGCAAACCAGGAGCAAGGAACAUCACCAUCAUAUUCCACCCUUUGCUAAGAUUUAUUCAAGAGGUUGAGCAUGCCAUUGGAUUUGGACCAGCUAAACAGUGCACCUUGAGAGAGUUUCUUAAUAUUUACAUCAAGAACAUUUUCCUAAAUCAGGUGUUGGCAGAGAUAAACAAGGAAAUUGAAGGAGUCACCAAGGUGUCCGAUCCCUUGAAGUUACUAGCAAGUGCUGACACCAUGAAGAUUCUGGGUGUCCAGCGGCCACUCUUACAGAGUACUGUCAUUGUGGAGAAGAGCAUCCAGGACCUGAUGAAUUUGAUGCGUGACCUAAGUGCUUACUCAGAUCAAUUCCUGAACAUGGUGUGUGGGAAGCUACAGGAUUAUAAGGACACCUGCAGUACUGCAUUCCGGGGUAUAGUUCAGUCUGAUGAAAAAUUGGUGAUAAGUGCUUCCUGGGCCAAGGAUGAUGACAUCACCAGGCUUUUAAAGUCGCUCCCUAAUUGGCUGAACAUGACUCAGCCUAAACAAUUAAGACCCAAAAGAGAAGAUGAAGAAGAUUUUAUACGGGCAGCAUUUGGUAAAGAGUCAGAAGUACUUAUCGGCAAUCUUGGAGAUAAAUUAAUACCGCAGAAUGAGAUUAUGAGUGAUGUCAGUGACUUGAAAGCUCUUGCUAACCUGCAUGAAAGCCUGGAGUGGCUGGCUGGAAGACUGAAAGCUGCUACUGCCAGUCUGCCAAGUACACAGACAUUGUCUCCUGGUUCCAACAAUGCCAGUAGUGUGGACAUCCCUGCUGUUUCUGAAAUGAUCUUACAGACUCUUAAUGAGCUGGCUAAGUCCUUCCAAGACAUGUCUGACCGUUGCCUUCUGGUAUUGCACUUGGAAGUCAGAGUUCACUGCUUCCAUUAUCUCAUCCCUUUGGCCAAGCAAGGAAACUACGCCAUUGUGGCUAAUGUGGAGAGCAUGGACUAUGACCCACUUGUGGUGCGUCUCAAUAAGGACAUAAGUGGCAUAGAGGAGGCUAUGGGAGCCAGUCUCCAGCAGCAUAAAUUCCAGUACAUCUUUGAAGGUCUAGGCCAUCUGAUUUCCUGCAUCCUCAUUAAUAGUGCCCAGUACUUCAAGCGCAUCAGUGAAUCUGGGAUCAAAAAGAUGUGUAGAAAUAUUUUUGUCCUGCAGCAGAACUUGACAAACAUCACUAUGUCCCGUGAAGCUGAUUUGGAUUUUGCAAGGCAGUACUAUGAAAUGAUGUACAACAGUGCUGAUGAGCUGCUAAAUCUAGUGGUGGACCAAGGUGUAAAAUACACAGAGCUGGAGUACAUCAAUGCUCUCAGCCUUCUGCAUCGCAGUCAGACCGGUGUGGGCGACCAGACCACUCAGAACAUGAGGCUGCAACGACUUAAGGAAAUCAUCUGUGAGCAGGCUGCCAUCAAACAAGCCACAAAGGACAAGAAGAUAACCACUGUGUGAGUGAUGAUGGCAGUGAGUCUACACAUGCCAGGCAGGGGAGUAUCGCUGGCUCUGUGGCCUGCCAUGCAUGGGAAUAUUUAUCAUUAGAAAUAUUAAACGUUUAUUGGAGUUAUUGAAAUGAGCACAGGUUACAGCGCCUACUGAAUGUUCUGCUUUUCCGCACUGUAUUUUAAUCUUACAUGUUGAUUGAUUUUGUAAAUCUUGAACCAUAUGAUCCUGUGUUUCUGUGAAUGGUAAUUGAUAAUAUAUCCAAUGUAAGGACGCCUCUUACUGCAGAUUUGUCGUCUGUAUGUUUAUCUAACUGGUUUAUUUUAUAACAAAAAAAUAAAAUAAAAAAAUAUGUCUUAAUACAGAGCAAAGGUUAAGACCAAAUGAGGCCCUAGAUAGAAUCUUGGGUCUCCACAACAGCCUGUCUGAGCUUCUGGCUUUCUGCAGAUCCUUAUAUACAAAGUGUUGUGCUACCAAAUUGUUCUACCUAGUGUUCCAUCGCAAAAACUCCAUUGCCAGCCAAAGGCAUAACCCUUUAGCUUAGAUGCCUCCAUUAGACGACUGCAUAGAACCACAUGGUCAGACAUUUUCUGCAGACCUCUUUUUGACCAAACAGCCAUUACCAGCUAAUUUACAGCGACACAUCUUUGUAAAGACAUCUCCCUUAUUGUACAGACCCUUUUUGCACUGAUUAUGCCAUUAUUAAAGUCUCUACUUGUAGACGCUCUACAUUACACAACUAUUUUCCAAUUACUUUAUAUUGUAGACCAUCCUAUUACAAACCCCUUACAUUGCUAUGAUGUAUGGCACAUACAUCAUAGUGAUGUAGAUGCAGUUUGCGCAUGUUCCCAGAAACAUCAGCAUAAACAUCAAGGAGAGGUUCAAGCACAGAAGUCCACACCCCCUAUGCCAGGACUUUCUCAUUGUGGACGUGGCACAUCCACUUGGUGUAAUUUGGGACAUGUCUAAUUCCAGCCAUCUAAGACACACGAUAAAUACUAAAUACCUAUGUUCCUUUUCCCAUAACCCAGUGCUGAGUUAGUACAUGAUGAGGCACAUACUGUAUCUUUCUAGCAUAUGGUGGAGUUUCACUGAUCAUUCACUGAGUAUUAGAGGGUACUAUACUUAUUAAUAUAGCAAAAUCCAGGAUGUAAUGAUAUGCAUAGUAGCCCAUGCAAUUGCGAUGGCAAAACAGCAGACUCUGUACCGUAAAGUGCAAACUUAAUAUAGCUUCAUAACAAAUGUAUCCAGAGUAAUGUGCCAAAUUGCCUGUAAUGCAGUUAGUACUGUUCCCUAUUGGAUUGUGACUGUGGAUGGAGCAGACAUGAUGUGGUCAGGGGAUAGUGGAUCAUUUUACUAUAGGACCCAGAAAUACACACAUCUGACAAUACUUUCAGCUUUGCUGAUCUUACUAUGGUUAUAGUCCAUCUCUAACAAGAGACUGCCGAUAUGUCACAAAGUGUUUUUGCUUUGAAUUUCUAAUUCGAAUACUAAUUUUAUUUCAUUCUUAUUCUAGAAGUCCAUAAUCAGAUUCCUGCUUCAAUUUUCCUGUCCAGUAGUCUGUGUUAUAAGCUAUCCACGUAUAUUCUGCAUGUUAGCUGUAGUAGUGGUUUAGUGAUCUAGAGAAGUCUGCUAGAGAUAAACUUUUUAUUUCUCUUGCACAUUAUAAAAUGAAUUAUCACAAUUUUAUGUUAAAUGACUCCAGUACAUUAUCAGUGAGAUGGAUAAGAAAGGCUGGACUGCAGUUUAAACCUCAGUUGACUUUAUUAUGUCUGCACUUCAAUCCUUGGUGGCUGUGUACCAAACCAGGGUAGUUGCUACAUAAACAUGAAUGUAAUGGUUUGGAACUGUUUUUUUUUUGUUUUUGUUUUUUUCUAUGCUUAAAAAAAUAAAAUAAACACAACUCAUAACAAGUUGA